AAUUUUUUGGAAAUAACAUUCCUUUUCUUCGUCUCUACAAUCAUUGAGUCAAUUUCAUGUAUCUUUGAAAUUCCUAAAGAUCACGUGAGCUCCGCAUGUAGAGUAUAACUUGGAAUAUCUAAGUUUCUUGUUUAAUGAUUAUUUUAACAUUGAAUGAGAUGGUUGGAAUUCCGAUAUUCAACUUAUACGUUACACAAAAUACUUGAAUUGUACCAAUGCGCAGAAGAUUAAAUCAAUCUGUCAAUCACUUAACGCGUCAUGUUAACUUUCUUUCUACGCGUAAACUUUGAUCUCUCUUUUUCAUAGCAAAUAUCCGUUCAUCUAAAAAUAUUAUGUCUUUUGUGUUUUAUCAGUUUAAUAAAAAUAUGGCAAAUCCAAUAAAAGAUAGACCAGAUUUGACGUUUGAAAGCAAGCAAGGCGAGCAAGGUUUUUUUGCUUUUAUAAAUGGACUUCCGCAGAAAUCGAGUAAUACUAUCCGAUUAUUUGAGAGAAGUAAUGGGGAUUAUUAUAGUGUCCAUGAAGAUGAUGCUUUAUAUAUUGCACAAAAUAUCUAUAAUACUUCCUCUGUGAUUAGAUAUUUGGGUAAAAAUAAAGUCCCCAGUUGUACAUUAUCACGUUUAACAUGUGACACAUUUUUACGUGAUGCAUUAUUAAAUAAACAAUUGAAAAUUGAAAUUUGGGCUCAAGGAUCAAAGGGUUUAUGGAAAUUAGUCAAAAAUGCUUCUCCAGGAAACAUCCAGGCAUUUGAAGAUCAUUUGUUUUCUAACGUUGAAAUUUCAGCCUCACCUAUAGUAUUAUCAGUUAAAUUGGGAAUACGAGGUGAUCAAAGAAUGGUUGGAGUUUCAUUUGCUGAUACAACAAUAAGAGAAUUAGGCGUAUCAGAAUUUAUUGAUAAUGAAUUAUUUUCAAAUUUUGAGUCUUUACUUGCUCAACUCGGAGUGAAAGAAUGUGUUAUUCCAGCAGAUGAGUCACGUAAAGAUUAUGAUUUAUCGAAAUUAAGGGAUAUCAUUGAAAAAUUUGACAUUGUUAUCACUGAACGCAAAAAAAGCGAUUUUACAAUCAAGAAUAUUGAACAAGAUCUUAACCGUUUGUUGGGUGAUGAUGUAUCUGCCGCGACUCUUCCUGAAUUUGAAAUGAAGCAUGCUAUGACUGCUUGCGCAAGUCUCAUUAAAUACCUAUCGCUCAUGACUGAUGAUAGUAAUUUUGGUCAUUAUAUUCUGAGACAUCAUGAUUUGUCACAAUAUAUGAAAUUAGAUGCUUCAGCAUUAAGGGCAUUGAAUUUAAUGCAAAGUCCACAAGAAGGCUCCAAUAAGAAUUCUAGUUUGUUUGGUCUUUUAAAUAAAUGUAAGACUGCUCAGGGUUCUAGAUUAUUAUGCCAAUGGCUGAAACAACCAUUGAUGGAUAUCAAAGAGAUAGAAUUAAGACAUUCAUUGGUAGAAAUCUUUGCGGAAGAUACGGAACUUAGGUUAUCUUUACGCGAGGAACAUUUGAAGAGUAUACCUGAUCUUCAUCGCUUAUCGAAACGAUUCCAAAAGAGAAUAGCAUCGUUACAGGACGUUAUACGAGUCUAUCAAGUAAUAAUAAAGUUGCCCAAGUUAAUUGAAGCUCUAGAAUUAUUUGAUUCUAUGAAUGACUCUAGCAAAGAACUUAUCGAGGAAAUAUAUAAUGCUAAACUCAAAGAACAUUACAGUGAACUUGAGAAAUAUCAAGAAAUGGUUGAAACCACAAUUGAUUUAGAAGCUGCAGAUUAUCAUCAAUUUAUGAUUAAAGCUGAUUUUAAUUCAGAGUUAAAACAAAUUCAGAAUAAAAUUGAUGGGAUCAAAGAAAAAAUUAACGAAGAGCAUGAGAAGGUCGGAGAAGAUCUUUGCAUGGAUACGGAUAAAAAAUUGCAUCUUGAGAAACAAAACGUUUAUGGAUAUUGUUUCAGAAUUACUCGAAAUGAUGCAACUUGUAUUCGUGGGAAAAAACAGUAUCAUGAACUUUCUACACAGCGUGGUGGUGUUUACUUUACAACAGAUAAAUUGAGACAAUUGAGUACAUCGUUUCAUGAUAAUUUAGGAUUAUAUGAGAAAGAGCAAAAUACAUUGGUUAAGGAAGUAAUUGAGAUAGCAGCAUCCUAUUGUCCUGCUUUGGAAACUUUGAAUGGAUUAAUGGCUCACCUUGAUGUUAUACUUAGUUUUGCACAUGUUGCGGUUCACGCACCCGUACCAUACAUUCGCCCCAAGAUGUAUAAUAAAGGGGAAGGAAACGUUGUCUUGAAAAAUGCUCGCCAUCCUUGUAUAGAGGUGCAAGAUGACGUUUCGUUUAUACCAAACGAUGUUAGCUUAAUAAGAGAUCAAAAAGAAUUAUUAAUUAUCACUGGGCCAAAUAUGGGGGGAAAAUCAACCUAUAUCCGACAAAUUGGUGUUAUUGCUUUGAUGGCACAGACUGGCUGUUUUGUUCCUUGUACAGAAGCAAGUCUUUGUGUAUUUGAUUGUAUCCUUGCAAGAGUGGGUGCUGGCGAUAGCCAACUUAAAGGUGUAUCUACAUUUAUGGCGGAAAUGUUGGAAACAGCAAAUAUUAUAAAGACUGCAACGACCAAUUCUUUGAUAAUUAUCGACGAGCUUGGAAGAGGAACUAGUACUUAUGAUGGAUUUGGUUUAGCUUGGGCGAUUUCAGAAUAUAUUUCGAAGAAAAUUCGAUGCUUUUGUAUGUUUGCAACGCAUUUUCAUGAAUUGACGGCAUUAACGGAAGAAGUUCCUUACGCAUAUAAUUUACAUGUUACGGCACAUAUUGGGGUAAACCCUUCAGGUGGACGAGACAUUACAUUAUUGUACAAAGUCAAAGAAGGUAUUUGUGAUGAGAGUUUCGGUAUUCAUGUCGCAGAAUUGGCAAAUUUUCCCGAUACUGUUGUCAAGCUUGCGAGAAGAAAAGAGAAACAAUUGGAGGAUGUUACUAAACAUGAAAACACGAUGGAAAUUGAUGGUAAAACUACGUUUUCUAAAGAAGAAAUCGAGGAAGGAAGCACUAUUAUCGAAGAAUUCAUGAAAGAAAUAGCAAAUACUCCUAACAUUGAAUCUAUGGAUUAUCAAUCAAUAAUAGAACGUAUUUCUAUAGUUAGAAAUAAAUAUCAAGAAAGAAUUGAAAGUAACUCAUGGUGUCAGGAUGUUAUUGCUGGAUUCUGAUGUACUGUAUUAUAUUCUCUGCUUAAUAAUAAUAAUAAUAAUAAUGUACAUAGGGAAGCAUGCGAGUUCUCACAUUUU